AUGAAUAUUGUGAGUAAAUGGAAGUCUUAUUCAAGUAUCUGCUUACCUCUUCUGAUGUGAGUAAAUAAAGGGCCGAUUUUUUCGUUCCAGUUACCUUACAUUUGGGUCCCGCCACGCAAACUAAGAAGAGUCAAAGCGUUUUCUUCGAAGCCAAAAGAAAUAAGAGCGCGUGAUUUCACAACGAAACGAGGUGUCAAGAACAAGUUUAUGAGGGUUGCGCAAUGCCUUGGCUUUAUCAAAUCCUAAAUUUUUGGUUUCUCAAUAUAGGAAGAUUAAUAUGCGUUUAAAACAAGCAAACGAAAAUAGCGAUCUGCUGCUGUUUUGAUGUUUUCGGACAACAAUCCUCAUUGGUUGCUAGGGUGUUUACGGUCUAAUGGAUGUGGUGAACAUUGUUUUCAUGUCAUAAGUUAAGGCCGGAUCAUAUUACACUUGGUAUCUGAUGAAUAUGCUCCAUCUUUCAUGGGUUUUGUUAUUUAUUUUUAUAUGAAUCUCCGCGGCCUUACAUAUUGCGGUCUGGUUGCUGUUCUAAUGUUAUCAUUUCAGGAAUUUCGUGAGCGCGGAUUUUCCGCAAGUGUGAGGAGUGAGAGUGUGUGUGUUGUAAUAUUUAUUAUUGUUAAUUAUUUCUGUGAGUUUGAGAGGAAGAGAAAGGUGUUUCUUGGCUUUUUCUUUCAAUUACCAUUUGAGGCCACACAAAACGUAAGUUAUUGCGAUUUUAUUAGAGUGAUUUAGACUGAUACAAAAACAUGACACCCUUCUUACAUAAAAAUAAUGCAGAAUAUUUUUGAUCGAAUAAUCUAGAAAUUUUCUGCGUUCUCAAAAGCGGUGCCAUUUUUGACGAAACGCUUAAUUAAACGUAUUUUUAUUUGGGCUUUAUGGUAGCUAAAUUGUCUGAUUUUAGAAAAAUGUCAGUCGCGACAGCCGAAUUAGGUGUCAUUGAGCAAGCCCGCACCGGAUUGGACCCUUCGGGCGAGAAGAUCGAUGUGGAAACCUUGGAUCAAGUGGUAAUGAUUAUGAAUAAGAGUGCUGGAGAACAACAACGAGCAGCUUCCGAACUGCUGAGCGCAUUCAAAACUGAUGCAAGAUCUUGGACUAAGGUAGAUGCCAUCCUCGAAUACUCGAAACACGUCGAAACUAAAUAUUUUGGACUUCAAAUCCUGGAACAACUAAUCCAAACCAAGUGGAAGAGUCUCCCGAGAGAUCAGUGUGAAGGCAUCAAGGGUUAUAUUGUCUCCAAGAUCCUCGAAAUUAGCUCUAAUGAGAUUACCGACGAAGGAACGAGACUGCUUCUCCAAAAGUUCAACCUGGUUCUAGUACAAGUAAGAAUUUGAAGGGUUUUAUCUUAGAUGUUUAGAUUGUCAAAUUCGAAUGGCCCAGGCAUUGGCCAAGCUUUAUCAUGGAUAUCGUCGGCUCUUCGCGGAAUUCUCAAUACAUUUGUAUGAAUAAUAUGGAGAUCCUUCGACUCCUCAGCGAAGAGGUCUUUGACUAUGAUACCAAUCUGACCACCUCCAAAGCGGCCUUCCUUAAACAAGAGUUUUGUUCCCAGUUCCAAGCUGUUCACACUCUUUGCUUGGAGAUUUUGCAGUCUUCGGACAACGCCGACCUUGUUUAUGCUACUCUCAGGACGCUCCAUGGAUUUCUUUCCUGGGCUCCAGUUGGAUUUAUCUUUGAGAACAGUCUGAUUGAGUUGAUUACUGGUCGUGUAAGUAGUUUUCAUUUACCUUGUAUUUAUUGUUUUGAAUGACGAUUAUAAUGUUGUUGUUUUCAGUUCAUGCCGUUCCCCAACUUCCGUUCUCUCUGUGUCCAAUGUCUGAUCGAAAUCUCGGGCAUUGAUAUCUCCGGGGAGCCGAGAUAUGGGGUGCGUUUGGAUAUCAUGUUCAAAAACGUGAUGAGUGUUCUCUCGGAUCAGAUCCCCAUCGAAACUGAUAUCGCCGAUUCAUACUCUCGCGGUCAGAAUGCCGACCAGCAGCUAAUCUCAAACCUUGCUUUGUUCCUGGCCACCUAUCUCCGCAAACAUUGUUCUAUCUGCGAGAUCCUCGAGGAUAGACCGGAGGCAUCUCGGGCCGAGACUAAAGCCGCCCAUGCCUUGGCAUUGAAGUAUGUGAUUACUGUUGUUUAGAGAAUGUAAUUUUUACAUUUUUAGAUAUCUUCUCAAGAUCAGUGAGGUUGAAGAUACUGAGGUGUUCAAGAUUUGCUUGGAUUAUUGGAACUGGCUAUGUGCCGAGCUCUUCAGAGAAUCUCCAUUCGAAGCAUUGCAAGCCAAUCUGCUGGAUGCCCUCAGGCUGAUGAGAGAGAACAACAGUGAGAAUCCUCGACGUCGUCUCUACUCGAGCGUUCUGUCUGAUCUCAGAAUGCUGAUGAUUUCCAGAAUGGCCAAGCCCGAAGAAGUUAUUGUAGUAGUGAAUGAGAACAACGAAGCGGUCAGAGAAUUGGUCAAGGAUACCGACUCCAUCGUCCUCUACAAGACCAUGAGAGAAACUCUGGUCUUCUUGACACAUUUGGACUACAGAGACACUGAAACCAAGAUGAUCGAGAAACUUCAGCAACAAGUUAAUGGAAACGAAUUCUCCUGGAAGAAUCUUAACACUCUCUGCUGGGCCAUUGGAUCCAUCUCUGGGGCCAUGAGAGAAGAGGAUGAAAGAAGGUUCUUGGUUACUGUAAUCAGAGAUUUGCUUGGACUUUGUGAACAGAAAAGAGGAAAGAAUAAUAAGGCCGUUAUUGCCUCCAACAUCAUGUACGUGGUUGGGCAAUAUCCACGAUUCUUGAGAGCUCAUUGGAGAUUCUUGAAAACGGUUAUCAACAAACUUUUCGAAUUCAUGCAUGAGUCACAUGAGGGAGUUCAAGUAAGUUUGAAUUUGAUCUGAUUUGAUAAGGUUUUUGUUUUCAGGACAUGGCCUGCGAUACUUUCAUCAAGAUUGUGGUCAAGUGCAAGACACAUUUUACCUGUAUUCAAGGCGGGGAAACUCAAGCUUUUGUGGAUGAGAUCCUUCACAACCUGAACACCAUUAUCUGUGACCUGUCUCAGCCCCAAGUUCAUGUCUUUUAUGAGGCCAUGGGACAUAUCAUCUCCAGUGAGACAGACGAAAAUAACCAGGCCCGACUCAUCGAAGGCCUCAUGACAGUCCCCAACAGAAUCUGGGCUGAGAUCGUUGAGCACGUGUCCGGGAAUACCCAAAUGUUUUAUGAUCAAGAUGUCCUCAGAAAUCUGAUCCACAUCCUCAAGACUAAUGUGGCUGCUUGCAAAUCUGUCGGAGCCCCCUUCUACACUCAGAUCAACCACAUCUUUAACGAGACCAUAGUCAUUUACAGACUCAUCUCCUCUUUCAUCAACACUUUGGUCAGCGAACAAGGCCCUGAAGUCUUGAAGCAGCCAAUUGUAAAGUUGAUGAGGGCUGUGAAGAGGGAAGUCCUGACUCUUCUUUCUACUUGGAUCGCCAGGUCCAAUGUCGCCAGAAGUGAUGACCUGAGGAGAUUGGGAAUGGGAAAUGGACAGACCAUCGUCGACCGAAUGAGCGAACUUGUGAUCACUCCCUUGUUCGACACCAUCCUUGAGGAUUACAGAACUGGUGUGCCCGAUUCCAGAGAACCCAAAGUGUUGUCAUUGUUGUCAAUUACCAUAGUCAGCUUUAGUGUAAGUCGUUUCCUUUUUUUAUUGGAAAUUGUUUUAGGACAAGUUCUCCGGAUAUUUGGAAAGAAUGAUGGAGAUCGUCUUCAUGCCCACCUUGGAGAUGAUCCAAGCCGAGACCUCCCAAUACCCCGAACAUCGCGUCAAUUUCUUCCAGAUGGUUCAGGCAGCGACGACCUCUUGUUUCGAUGUUGUAAUAAAACUCCCUGAGAAGAUGCUUUCUCUGAUCGUCCAAUCUCUUCUUUGGGCGCUGCAACAUACCAUUAGAACAGUCGCCGAAAUUGGAAUUCAAAUGAUCACCGAACUGAUCAAGAGACUCCGAGAAUAUCCCAACGAGGCCCUAAGGCAGAAAUUCUAUCAGACUUAUUACACCGAGAUGCUGACUCAUGUGAUGGGAAUUGUUACAGAUCACAAUCAGGUACCUUUUGUUGGGCUGGGAAACUUGGCCGAGGCGGUGUGCCAGCUAUUCAUAUGUGCUGAGAGUGAUAUCACUGUCAAUUUGUCCCCCAAUCAGAGUAAUGUCGAGCAUAUCGCUGAUUCCAUGGCUCAGAUCCUUCAAAGGCACUUCACCAACUUGAAUGGGUUAGUUCUUAGAUAACCAUUGUUUAUAGUUCGUGAUCUUUUUCAGGGAUCAGAUUAGAGUCGCCAUCAAAGGAUUCUUCUCAUACAACAGAGUUCAGCCAAAAAUGAGAGAUCACAUUCGAGAUUUCUUGGUUCAGAUAAAGGUAAUAAUUGAUUAAAGUAUCAGACCGUUCGUUUAGGAAGAUGCUGGUGCUGAUACUGCUGAUCUAUUCCUGGAAGAGAAGGAAAAGGAAAUCCAGAGAAUGCAAGAAGAAAAGAACCAAGUUCCCGGCAUCCAGAACCCCCACGAAAUCGAUGAAGAAAUGGCCUAG